AUGUCAAAGACUCGCUCAAGCUCGAAAGUCGAAGGCGAAGGGUGUCUUGUCAAUCUUGAUCAAAAGAUAGAAGCUUUUAUGAAAUCAGAUGAUUUUAGAGCAGUUCUUUCUACAGCAAUUAAUGUCGCAGUUGAAGCGGCUAUCAAGUGUUUUAAGAACGAAUUCGUUGAACUAAUCGAUGUUAGAAUGAAAGCGCUCGAGGACACGAAUACUCGCUUAAAACGUGAAGUGACAGAGCUGCAUCGAAAGUUGGGUGAAGUCGAUGCUAAAGCGAAUGAAAAUGAGCAGUAUACUCUCGCCGAAACAAUCUACGUUUCUAUGGUAUUACCGAGAAAGAAACGGAGGACUGCUACGAUGAAGUUGUGA